AGAAUCGCACCCCUCCUCUCUGCUGCUGCCGCUGCUUGUGUACUGAAACGCCGCAAGCAAGUGUGAAAAAGAAGAGUGCCUCUUUAGUAUCACCUUCUCCUCUCCCGAUUCCACGAUCAUUAUUGCCUCCACGCUAGCCACCCAACAUGGUAGAGGCAGCCGGUCUUGUUGUUGGUGUCGUUGCCCUCGCUGGCCUAUUCAACAACACAGUCGAGUGCUUCGAGUUCGUUCAGCUGGGUCGCACAUUUGGAAAAGACUUCCAGACAAGUCAGCUCAAGCUCGACAACGCAAGACUCCGCCUGUCGCGGUGGGGCAAGUCUCUGGAUCUAGAUGAGGAUGUUCGCAAUACGACUUCGCUCCAAGGACGUUUUGGAUCAGAAUCAACUAUCAAACACGCCGAAGCCUUGCUUGGCCAGAUCGUAGAACUAUUUGCAGGAGCUGAAGGCGUUUCAAACAGCUACAAGAAUCGGACAGCGCCCCAAGACGAUAGCCUUGCUGUAUACAACCCGCAGACAGAUCUAGACCCAGCAAUGGCGAAGCUUCACGACAAGAUGCGGCAGCUGGCUAUCGAGCGACAAAACCGGUCUGGUAUACGGCAAAAGGCAAAGUGGGCGCUGUACCAGGAGAAACACUUUCGUCGCCUCAUUGAGGACAUCACCGAGCUGGUCGACAGCUUAGUCGAGCUUUUUCCAGCCACUCAGCAGGCGCAGCGCGAGCUCUGUGACACGGAAGUAUCUGCUAUCGGAGAAAGUGAAGCUAUCUCUGUGUUGAAGGAGGUCGCUGCCGCCCAGGACCAGUUCUUAGAGCAAGCAAUCACGAAGACAACAGAUGGUGCCGACAAGUCCCACCACAUUAUCUUUUCGGGCAGCGGCAACACUGGCCUACAAAUUGGCCACAACUCUGGUACAAUGUCGGGGUUCACGUUUGGAAAAGGCGGCUGAACGUCGUAGGGAUUUGUACGUGUCAUGGCAUUUGCUUUUUUAUUAUAGAAAUGGUAU